UUGUGCAUAUAUGACUCAAACUUCGAUUUCAAAUUGUUUAUAUUGGUAGUCAAUCUUAUAAUAAAUAUUUUAACCCAAAAAGAUAUGAGUUGGUGACUACGAAACUGUUGGGGGAUUAUUUGACCAAUAUACGUUCGUUGUGUUGAAGAAUGGUAUUGGAAGAUAAGAUAAAAAACCUAUCAAUGCUUUGUAUGAACUAGUGUCCGUCGUGUAUUUUUCGUUUCGAAAAUUUACCUCAGUUCUUGUCCACAUUUUCAUACGAUAAUUGCAAUAGUGCCCUAAAGGGGAAAACUGCAACAACAGAAAAUGGCUCCGACCUACGACAAAGAAAUGUACAACAUGUCUGUAAGUGUUAACAAAGCAUUAAAUCCCAUGGAGGCUCCGCUCAAAAUGAAACAUGCGCGUUUUAUUAUUAUAACAACACAUCGUGUUAAAGAAGCGAAAUCUCUUUGGAUGAUUUUCACACGUCAACCACUAAUGGAGAAUCGCUUUACUGCGUGGAAAUUUUGUCACUUACUACACAAGGUACUGCGAGAGGGACAUGCAAGCACUAUCAAAGAUUCACAAACCCAUAAAAAAAUGAUCUUAGAAAUGGGCAAAUUAUGGGGGCAUUUACAAGACGGAGUGGGUAAUUGCAUACAAGCCUAUAGUAAACUAAUUGUGACCAAAUUAGAAUUCCAUGAGAAGAAUAUAUUGUUUCCCGGUUCGCUCUUGAUAGAUUUUAAGGAAAUCGAAAAGGCCGCUAGUGAUGACAUCAACAUUUAUUUUCAGCUGUGCGUUGAAAUUUUCGACUACUUGGAUGAUAUUCUGGAAGUGCAAUCGCGGGUAUUUGCAUCCAUCAAUGCAUAUCGCAUGUCUUCCAUGACGCCGCAGGGCCAGUGUCGACUAGCCCCGUUAAUCACACUUAUUCAGGACUCGAAUCCCUUAUACGAUUUAUGCGUACGUGUUAUGUUCAAGUUGCAUGAUAAACUGCCAAAUGAUAUUCUAACUGGUCAUCGUGAUCGUUUUCGCGAGUUGUUUUUUAAAAUCAAAACCUUCUACGACAAUGUUCGACCACUGCAGUAUUUCUCAGAUUUAAUACAAGUUCCACAUCUACCAGAAUCUGCACCAAAUUUCACAUCGAAAGUAGAUUUCGGCAGUUACGUGCCACCAGUAAUGUACGUGCAGCCUGAUCCGGAACCGGCUAUGGAAAAUUUGGUGGAUACAAGCGUCUCACAGGAGUCAGUGAGCACACCAACCGCUACUGCAUCUGAUAUAGUUGAUAAUGCAGCUCUACAAAAUACUAUUAGAGAUUAUGAAUAUGCAUUGCAAGAUGUUCAAACUGAGUUGAUAACGUGUAAACAGAAUUAUGAAAUGAUGGAACGAAAUUACGAACGUGAAUUAAAGAGGUUGCGUAAUGACAUUGUGAGUUUGACAAGCGAAUUGACCCAUUCAAAGGAAAUGUGUACAAAUAUGCAGGCCCUGAAAGACAGUUUGGAACAGAAAUUGGUCGAAACACCUAUUCUAAUGCAGAAAGCGACAGAAGAGGAACAAAAGGCUAAAACAUCAGAGGAAAAGUUUAACAAGCUGAAAGCAAUGUACACCCAAAUAAGAGAUGAGCACAUUAGUUUAUUGAGACAGCAUGGCGAAUCUACUAAAAAUUUAAAUCGAGAAAAACAAACGAACGGAGAACUGCAGUUCGAAGUGGAAAGGCUCAAGUCCCAAAUUAGCGAAAUCAAAGGUGAACUUGCAAGUAAUGAAGUAAUCAGCGCUGAAAAACUUGCAUUAGCUACUCAAAUUGAAAACAUGUCUCGAGAUUAUCAGAAGCUGGAGCACGACCAUGAAGAGUUGAGAAAAGAAUACCAAAGCUUUAGCGCUAAGAAAAAUAGCGAAAUUUCCGAAUUAACUACCAAAGCAAUGCAGCUACAAUCGGCAGAAUCGGCAGCAUUGAUUGAAAGUGAAUCCAAAGUUGUAAAACUUGAAGAGCAGCUCAAUACAUUGAAUACCGCAUUAACCAAAAAACAAGAGGAACACUCUGUCAGGGUGGAUGAAUUGCAAAGAAACUUGGACAGUAAAAAUGACAAUAUAAAUGAACUGCGAACUUUUCAUGCGGAAGAGAUAUUGCAGAAAGUGGAAAAAAUCAAAGAGCUGGAGUUAAAUUUGCAUACGAUGGAAUUAAAUUUAAAGGACAAUAAAGUGCUCGUGGCAGAUCUGGAAAAUGUUCAGCGUACCAACAUUGAAAAAAUGCAGGAAUUCCGUGAGCAAAUACAGAAUUUAGAGGCGAAACUGAACGAAGCCAACUUAGCGACCAAUUUGGAAGUCGAGGCUAAACGUAAAAGCGAAGAAAGUUAUGAAAAUAAAAUAACUUCCUUGUAUCAAAGUGUUUUGAAAACCAUGGAAUUUGUAACCGAAGCAAAAGUAAACGAAGUGAAUCAACCGAAUUUCGACAAGACAAUAAAAUUAAUAAGUGAAAUGGAAGAGUUAAUACAACAAACCCAUAACGCAUAUGGACAGUUUGUCUCAGAUAAAUUAUUUAUAGACGUUGUCACGCAAAAGACAAUACUUCUGGGCUGCGUUUUUACAACACUACAUGAACAGUGCCUGUUAAUAUAUAACACAACCACCGAUAUAGGAAAAGGCGAGGACAUUCAUAAUCAGAUCAAUGGCGUAAAAGAUCCACUGCUAUCUCUAUUCCAACUAAUUAAAACUAACGAAGAUGUUUCCAAAAUCCAACAUUCCAUUUCGGAAAUUAAACAAAAAUUAAGUGCGCUAAAUGAAUCUGUGACUGAACUCAACAAGGCGAAUAGCAAGAAUAUCGAUUUGGGAGAUUUAGUGGAGAACGAGCUGGCCGAAAUGGAUAAAGCCAUCGAAGAGGCUGCGGUGAAAUUCGUAGAAUUGCUCUCUAGUGCGCGCUCCAAAGAUGACGGCAUAAAACUGGAAGUGAAUGAGAAAAUUCUUGAUGCUUGCACAUCCCUAAUGCACUGUAUUAAGUUAUUGAUACGAAAGGCUAAAGCUUUGCAAGCGGAAAUCGUGUCGGCCGGACGAGGAACUACUUCGAUUAAGGAAUUCUACAAACGUAAUAGUCAAUGGACGGAGGGUUUGAUAUCUGCUGCUAAAAGUGUAGCCAAAGGUGCCAAUCUUCUCGUGGAAGCCGCUAACAAAGCUAUCAUAUCUGAAUCGGCACAAAACUUUGAAAUAAUCGUAGCCGCGCAAGAAAUUGCCGCCUGUACAGCUCAAUUGGUGAUCGCGAGUAAAGUGAAGGCGCCGAAAGAGAGCCAAAAGUUGAUCGACUUAACGAAAGCAUCACGUGAUGUGUCACAAGCGACAGGACAGGUGGUUGCCACCGUUAAGGAUUGCAAUCAAUCCUUAGAACAGCUCCAAGAAGUAGAUUUCACUAAAUUAACAUCGUCACAGGCAAAGACUAUGGAAAUGGAAAUACAUGUAAAAGUUUUAGAGCUGGAGCAAGCAUUGCAAAUGCAACGUUUGAAAUUAGCGUCAUUCCGACGAAAGCAUUACCAAAAUUCCGAUGAUUAAGUUUAUAUUUUAUUUGCAUAAGUAUAUAUUUUUACAUAUAUACAAUUACUUUAAGUUGUACAGAAUGUUAAUAGUUUAUGAGAAAAAAUAAACUAAAUUGAUACUAA